AUGAGCAAAAUUUUGAUUUUCCUUAUUAUUCCUGCUGUUCUUUCGAGAUCUGCCCAGUAUCUUCCGAGAUUCUCCGAUUUUUCAACUACAACUCAACCUUCUCAACAACAAGAUGGUUCAAUAAUUGGAUAUCAAUUUCUGAACGCAUUAGUGAAUGCAGCAAGAUCAAACAAUUAUUCCAUCUUUUAUUCAGGUUUCACCGCUCCAAUUUUUAAUAAAAGUGGAACUGUAAUCGGAGAAGCAUCAAAAGAAUCGCUGUUCCGUAUUUUUGGAGGAUUUCCUCAAAAUAUCAAUAUUGAACAGGUUUUUCCGAGAAAUUACUUGAAAUUUAAUUUAUAUGAGUCGUUUGGAAAUCAUUAUUUGAACAUUGACAAAACCGAAGAUGAUGUUCGUGUUUACUUCACUGCUCAAAUUUUGGGCGAAAAUCAAUUUAAUUUUAUUUCCCUUGUGAUUGUCGGUGUUCCAGAUAAUUCAACUGGAUUGAUUCAAAAUAUAAUUGAACAGUUUAUAUUUUGA